ACCAUUCAGUCUCUCCAAUGUUGGUCUGGUGUUCACCGAGUGCGGGUUGUUGUUGUGUGUGCUGUUGUUGAUGCGCUCAGAGUUGAUAUUAUUUUCGUUUAAAAUUCACACCUUUCUCUCGCUUGUCAGCUGUGAGUGUGUGUCCGCUGUUGUUAUUCUUGCCGAACGUUUCAUUUCUAAACACUCUUAGACGGCACUGUAUGCAAGAGUGCGCUGACGUGCUGCUGGCCAGGUCACUCGAGUGGUUUUCAAUCCAACCGUGUUUAGAGAAAACAAUCGCAAACUUUGCCAAUUUCAUUGAAAAAAGAAACAAAGAGUUGGUUGGUUGUUUUUGUAAAUUAGAAGUUGAGUUACUUGUUGUGUGCGGAUUCGUCGGCGCCUUUUGAACUUUGUCGUCUGUUCAACCCGGUGCCGACUCGAUCGAUUUCGAGAUCAAAAAGUGCGUGACGUAAUUAUGAAGGUGCGUCGCAGGAUUAAUCACAAAGACAUGUUUAUGGACACUUCAAUGUCUCCGGCUUCGUCGCUACAUCCGGUCAGUCCAUGCGAGAUCAAAAGGGAAAAGACGGAAGCUCCGUCGCCGUCCGACUGUUCCAUCGAUUCGACGAGCGGCAUGGGUGGCGUCGGCGGGAUCGGCAGCGUCGGGAGUAACGCCAGCCUCGGCCUGGCCUCCGGAUCCAGCGGCCAGGUCGGAGUGGCGGCUGGAGUGUGCGCCGCCUGCGGCGAGUUGAUUACCGACCGCUUCCUGAUUCAAGUGUCCGGCCGGACGUGGCACUCGACUUGCCUGCGCUGCUCCGUCUGCCGGACGGCCCUCGACAACCAGCCUUCCUGUUUCGUCAGGGCCGGAGCCAUUUACUGCCGGGCUGAUUACACCAGGACGUUCGGAGCCAAAUGCGCCCGCUGCAGUCGAUCCAUCUCGGCGGCCGAUUGGGUGAGACGGGCACGGGAGCACGUCUAUCACCUGGCCUGUUUCGCCUGCGACGCCUGCCGUCGCCAACUCAGCACCGGCGAAGAAUUCGCCCUCCACGAAGGCCGCGUCCUCUGCAAGACUCACUACCUGGACGGACUGGACGCCGGAUCUACUUCAUCCGACGAAACGGAUCCGGAAGGAGGCGGUCGAUCCAAGUCGAAACGAGUGCGGACGACGUUCACAGAGGAGCAGCUGCACGUGCUGCAGGCGAAUUUCUUGUUGGACUCGAACCCAGACGGCCAGGACCUUGAGCGCAUCGCCAACUUGACGGGAUUGUCCAAGCGGGUGACUCAGGUCUGGUUCCAGAACAUGAGAGCCAGACACAAGAAACAUUUGAGCACGUCCACCGGCUCCGGCGGCUCCGGCGGCGGCGGUCACAGCAACAACAACAACAUCAACAACACCAAUCACAACAACAACAAUAACAACGGAGCUCCGGUCAACAAGGGUGGACGGCGUAAUAAUCCAGGCAAUGGUCAACAACCGGUUUCAAUGCCACCCGAGCUGGAGAAUCUGAACGCCGGCAACGGAAUCAAGCGGAUGGAGUCAUCGGAACAAGCCGGCUACAGUCUGCACCUGCUCUACUCUUACACUAUGCAAACACCUGACAGCGGCGAAUCUUCUUCGAGCGACGCGGUGAUGAGAUCCGUCCGCGGGGAUUUGUAAAAAUUUCUUGACUUGUCUCAUCCGCCAACCGGACAAUCAUUCCGACAUUUGAUAGUUCACAUCACAUCAGGGAUAUUAUACGUAUACAACACCUGUCCCAACGCUAAUUGUGAGAACUGCAAUGACACAACGGCCUAUCGGAUAAACAUUGGCGGCGGAUUCCCGCCCUCCCUGUCGCGUUUCGAUUCAAUUUGCAUAAAUCAUCACCAGGGUUCUAGUCCUGCUGCCGCUCACGCCGCACAAAUGCUGUGUAUGUAUUCACUUCACUCUAAAUUUGAUGAUGAAACCUUUCUAUAUAUAUACAUACCGACCGAAUCAAAUGUAUUUCCAUCUUGUACGAAAUCGAAAAUGUGUCCCUAUCUCCCUUCUUUCUCUCUCUUACACGAUUACAUAACAAGUGAAUAAGUGAUAGAUCAUAACCUAUACUAUAUUUUCUCUUUUAGUUUUUGAAAAAACAAAUGUUUUGUUGCUGUUGCUGUUUCCGUGACACUUUGGGCGAAAAAAAGAAAUUAGCUUUAUCCUAACCCCCCCCCCUUCUGUCAUUUGACUAUCCCCUUUUUUGUACAUAUAAUAUCGAUUCUUUGAUAUUCUGAUUUGGAGAAAAAACAAGAAGAAUAGGCAGCAAAUUUUGGCGAGUUGAGAGGUGAAUAAUAGCAAUGAUCACGCCAUUUUUUGAGGGGGGAAAUUUUGUUUAACAAAAAACGACUAACAAAAAAAAAAUCAUUCCGGUUCAUUUUUGAGUAUUAAACAUUUUGUUAUUUGAAAUUCAUUUUUUAAUUUUUUGUAAUUGUCGUGAAACAACAUCAACAGAAUUAGAGAUGGUGGUUGACUGUCUUGUUUUUCUCUCUCUCUCUCGCUAUCAAUAUUAUAAAUAUGAUGUAUAAUAACCCUCUAACAUAUUGUACACCGCAAAUGUUUUUUAUUAUUUCUCCCCUCGACAAAAAAGAAAUGCAUGUAAACAAAUUCUUGUAUAACACGACUAAAAAUAAGGAAACAAAACAAAAAAAUAUUCUAAUUAUAAAUGAUGACUACAAAAAAAAAUAUUAUCUAUAUUACGUGUACAUAUAAGAAAUUUUGAAAGACUCUUUUUAAAAACAGCAUCGCACUGACCCCUCUCCCCCCCUUCCCCCCCCCCUCUCAGAACAUAAUACCCCCGUCACAUUUGAUUAUUAAUUAUUAUUAUACACAUCCCGAGUGUUCUUAUAUUAUUGCGUUUGUCCUUCAAAAGCCCUCUCUUUUCCCGCUUUAAUUCAAAUUCAAAUUGAAAAACAACAAAAAAAUAAAAGUGUCGGUGAAUAAACGUAAUAUACUUCCAUUAAA